GAUUUGCCUAUAAAGCCCCCGAUUUCCAGAGAGAGAGAGAGAGAGAAGUCACACAUCCAAGAAAAGCAUCACCCAAUAUUGUUUCUUAAUCUCAACUCUCUCUUCUCUCUCUCUCUCUCUUAGCUAGAGACACCAUGGAAAACAUUGGUGAUGAAUACAAGCACUACUGGGAAACCAAUAUGUUCCUCCAAACAGAAGAAUUUGACAGCUGGGGAUUGGACGAGGCUUUUUCCGGGUACUACGACUCGAGUUCGCCGGACGGAGCUCAAUCGUCGGCGGCCUCAAAGAACAUUGUGUCUGAGAGGAACAGGAGAAAGAAACUCAACGAGAGGCUCUUUGCACUCAGAUCAGUGGUCCCAAACAUCAGCAAGAUGGACAAGGCGUCAAUAAUCAAAGACGCGAUAGAUUACAUACAAGAAUUGCAGGAUCAAGAGAGGAGAAUCCAAGCAGAGAUAGUGGAUCUUGAAUCCGGAAAAAUGAAGAAGAAAAACUCUUCUGUUUAUGAUUUAGAAGAAGAGAUGCCGGGGUUGUUGAGAUCGAAGAAGAAGAGAACAACCGAUCAUCAGAGCUUCGAUUCCAGAGGGUCAAGGGCAUCAUCUCCUGUUGAAGAUCUGGAGUUGAGGGUAUCAUACAUGGGUGAGAAGACAGUGGUGGUAAGCGUGACGUGUUGCAAAAGAAGGGAUACGAUGGUUAAGCUUUGUGAGGCUUUUGAGUCUUUGAAGCUCAAAAUCAUUACUGCCAACAUCACUGCUUUCUCCGGCAGGCUUUUGAAAACUGUUUUCGUCCAGGCUGAUGAGGAGGAAAGAGAACUCUUGAAGAUAAAGAUUGAAAGUGCCAUGGCAUCUCUCAAUGAUCCAGAAAGCCCUGUGAGCUUCUGAUCACAUGAAACAGAGAGUUCCAUCAACUCCACUCUAUGAUGUUCCAUCCAGUGAAAUGAAAUGAAUUGUGCCUUGAGAGUAGUUCAUCUUGUAUUUUGUUACCCCUUCUCUCCUUUUUCAUUUAUGUGAGAUAAAAAGUCGACGGUUUCUCUCAUGAGGAAAAUUUUAAGCCAUGAAUAAAAUGUUUUCCUUUUAAUAAGAAAA